UUCAAAUUCUCGAAAGGUAAAACUUCAAAGCAAAGGUCAUGGGUUUGCAAUGGUAGAAGUUCAAUAUAAAUACAAUGUUAUUCCUGAAAACCAAACGUCUUCAUUCUUUUCUAUCGAUAUAUCAACUGAAAGGCAUUCGAUUCUUUUGAGUGACUUGGUGAUAUGUUCAAGUGUCCUUGCAAACGAAACUAAAAGUAAAUUUAUUAUAAUGGAAAUUAACCUACAGACUGGUUAUGUGUUUUCUGAAGAUGAUAUAAAUGAAAUUGAAAACUUUAGUGAAAAUAUCAAAUCACUUCAAUUCAAUGAGGGUCGAAAUGAAGCUAUUAUUUACUUUGAUUAUAAUUCAAAUGAGGACACAUGCAUUAAACUAAAAGUUCGCAAAUCUUUCAAAGUUCUUGAUACAAAACCUGGGUGGGUCAUAGUUUAUGGUGCACAUGAUAAAGAUCAAAAAGCUACAAAGAGUUUCCUACUCAAUGACUUCUAAUCAGCGUCGAAAUUUGGAAUACAA